AUGGGUCGUAAUAAAGAUCUUACGGAGGCCGAAUGCUUUAUGGUAGAAAAGUUCAAAAAAGAGGGCAUGUCUGCUGCCAAAAUUGCACGCAUCCUUGGUAGAUCGGAUACUUCUGUUAAAAACUGUCUUAAACGAUUACAUUUAACUGAUAAUUCUAGUUACUUUAAAAGAAAGUCUAGUGGUAGAAAACCACUUGUGAAUAAGCAUUAUGAACGUUUAAUUAUAAGAAAAGCCAAGGAACAUAAAAAUUGGACUAAAGAAGAUUGGCAACAUGUUUUAUGGACUAACGAAUCAUCUGUCAGCACUGACUCAAAUGGAAAAAUUCGAGUUUGGCGUCACAAAGAAGUAUAUGAUCAAAGUUGUACACAAGCAACCGUUAAAAGUGGUCAAAAAUCAAUUAUGGUUUGGGGAUGUGUAAAUGAAUAUAAUUUACCCCAUUUGGUUCGCUGCCCACCACGUAUGAAUGGUGAAGCAUAUGGAGAAAUUAUUGUGAAUGCUGUUUAUCCCAUAAUUAUGGCUACAGACGAUGCAAUAUUUCAAGAAGAUGAAGCAAGAAUUCAUAUAAGUAAACCAGUAAAAAAAAUUAAAGCAGAGCUUGGAAUUGUGCUUAUGAAAUGGCCACCGUAUUCUCUGGACCUUAGUUCUAUUGAGAAUGUUUGGAGAGAAGUUAAAUGUUGA